AUGGCCAAGAAGCCAAUCUUCGUGGCCACUCAUCCUCGAGCCUGCUCCACGGCAUUCGAAAGAGUCUUCAUGACGCGCCGUGACACGCUGAGAUGCGUUCAUGAGCCAUUUGGCGAUGCCUAUUAUUACGGCCCAGAGAGGCUGGGCAGGAGAUAUGAACAUGAUGAGAAGGCGAGGAUUGCCACGGGGUUUCAAAAUUCGACAUACAAGACGAUUUUCGAUCGUUUAGAUAGAGAAGCAUCCGAGGGUCCUCGUCCUUUUAUCAAGGACAUGGUCUACUAUCUCUUCCCCGAAGAUGGGAAGCCUGCCAGCAUCGCUCCAUCAUUGCAGCAGACCAAACGUGGCAUCGGAACUGAUGGUGGUGCGAACGGUACCCACACCAGCAAUGGCGUUGGUCGUGAUGGGAUUGCUGAAGAACCGGGCAACCCGACGGUUGUUCCUGUUGAACUUUUGUCAAAGUUCCAUUUUGCAUUCUUGAUCCGUGAUCCCCAUUACAGUAUUCCGUCGUACUACCGGUGCACGAUCCCACCGUUGGAUAAGCUCACUGGCUUCUACGAAUUCUACGAAUCCGAAGCCGGAUACGAGGAGGUGUGCCGAUUCUUCAACUAUCUUCGAGAUAUCAAAAUGAUCGGGCCUCAUAUCGCCCACGGCAAGAACAUGGCAAACGGUGCCUCGGGCACGAACGGGAGCCAUGCUGCCAACGGCGCAGGCGCACAUGAUGCCGUUGAGAUCUGUGUGGUGGACGCAGAUGACCUUCUCGACAACCCGGCUGGUAUCAUCGAGCGAUUUUGCCACAGCGUCGGUGAAAAGUACACCCCAGAUAUGCUGAACUGGGACAACAAGGACGACCAAACCGUUGCUCAGGAGGCCUUUGAAAAGUGGCCCGGGUUCCAUGAAGAUGCCAUGCAUUCGACGUCUUUGAAACCCAGACUUCAAAAAAAGGCAAAAUCUGAAGAAGAGUUUGAUCGUGAAUGGCGCGAGAAGUACGGUGAAAAGGGAGCGAGGAUCAUCAGAUCGGCCGUCGACCGCACGAUGCCGGACUAUCUAUACAUGAAGCAGUUUGCUAUGAAGGUCUAA